AUGACGCACGCCGCCUCCAAAGACGACCUGCGCGUCAGCACGCUCUUCGACUACACCUCGCACGUCGUCCUCGUAACAGGCGGCGCCACCGGCCUCGGCGAAAUGGCCGCCCAAGCCUUCAUCCAAAACGGCGCGCGCGUCUUCAUCGCGUCCCGCAAAGAAUCCGAACUCGCCUCCACCACCGCGCGCCUCAACGCCCUCGGCCCCGGAAAAUGCUCCUACAUCGUCGCAGACCUAAAAGACAAAGCCGGCUGCCUCGCUCUGUGCACGGAGCUGAAGAAGCAAACAGACCGCCUGACGGUGCUGGUGAACAACACGGGCGCGAGCUGGGGCGAUGAUUACUACAACUAUCCGGAACAUGCGUGGGAUAAACUUAUGGCGGGUAUUACGACUGUGGAUGUUACGACGGGGGAGGGUGGGGGGUUGAGUAAUCCGGGGACUGGGACUUAUAGCUACGGCCCAGCAAAGGCAGCAUGCAUCCACCUCACCAAGAUGCAAGCCUCGAAACUCGCCCCGAAGAACAUCAUGGUCAACGUCAUCUGCCCCGGCGUCUUCCCCUCGCGCAUGACGAACUUUGGGCUGGAGAAAUUCGCAGAUGCGUUGACGGCAGGACAGCCAACUGGCCGCAUUGGCAAGCCGAGUGACUUUGGUGGGCUGGUCUUGUUCUUGAGCAGUAAGGCGAGUGCUCAUAUUACUGGUAACGCGGUAGAGAUGGACGGCGGUGCUACAUUAACGGGGUGGAGAGGGAAAGUGGGUGGUAGUAGCGAGAGCAAGUUGUGA